AUGGCGGACGGAAAAGCGGCCUCUGCGUCAAAGCAAGAACGACUACCAACAACGGUGGACAAACCCACACCAUACACAUAUGAUCUAGGAUAUCUCACUGCGAUCGACCCGAAUCCUCUCCCCAGCACCUCAAGUCUCCUCUCCCAGUCCUUCGUCGAGCGCAAUGCCACGCUCCAAGCCAUCGCCCGAGACGGCGCCCAGUCACUCCUCAACACCCUCUUAACAACCUGCACGAUAACCUCCACGCCGGACGGUCUGGUAAUGGCCCUCCCGCCUGCGUCGAAUCCUUUACCACGGUGGAAACCGCUGCCGAAGCCCAAGGCGCCGACGAAGUGGGAACUGUUCGCCCGCAAGAAGGGCAUUGGGAAGUAUGGGGGCAGUCUGAAGGGCGGAGCGGCGCUGGAGGAUCGCAGAAAGAACAUGGUCUACGACGAGGAGAGUGGCGAGUGGGUCAAGAAAUGGGGCUAUAAAGGAAAGAACAAGCAGGGGGAGAGCGACUGGUUGGUCGAACUGGAUGACGAAAAGGUCGGCAAGGAAAAAGAGGGCUUUGGUGCAGAGGGAAGGACGGUGAGGGGUGAAGGUAGACGGGAGCGUCUCGAGAGAAUGAAAAGACAGGAAAGAAGGCAACGCAACAAUGAGCGCAAGGGUAGGAAGGGGGGCAAGGCUGGCUGA